AUGCUGUUUAUCAACCUGAAGGAAAGGAAGAUGAUCAAGCGGCAUCAGGAAGGUUUGUGCUUUCCUGCAACUUCCCUGCAAGAAACAGAGCUUUCUCAUGAAGUAAGAACACUUUAAUUAUUUGGAAUUAUAAAAUUUAUGAACUGCAUAGAUUCCUAAAAUUUUUAUUAGGGAGUUCAUUUUCGUUCCACUCCGAAAAUGAAAGAAAAAAUGAGCAGAGGGGAAUUUUUUGCAGGGAUGUUCGUUGGAUGUUUCAAAAUCAUUCUUCCUCUUUCAGAAAAUGAAAAAAAAAGAAAGCCAAAAUCGCAAUCCUGGGUUGCGGACACGGGCAUUUGUGUGCGAUUCGCCAGGCGAAUAUGCAGAAGGAGCGGGCUCAUUUUCUGUGGAGACUUUCAGGUACUUUUCUUUAACUUCGGUUUCUCAUGCUAUUCAAAAAACAAAAUAUAGGCAAGAUAAAAACUUUUUUUUCAGUCACUUUGGUGGAUAUGGUGAUCAGACACCAUCAGGUGGCCAUAUGGCCUACAGAAAAGUGAGUUUUACUGGAAAGAAUAUUCUAAUUGGUAUAGGAAAAAGAAAUGAAGAUAAUUUUUUGUUUCAUAGUUUUGAAAAAAAAGAAUUUUUUCGAAUUAAGUCAACAUUUUUCAGUCAUUUUGGACGGGGUGGUGAUCGUCAUGCGUCGAAAUCGGCUCGGACUUAUGAGGCAGUUUUCCGAAUUAACGGUAAGCCUAAAAGAUAAUUUUUAUCUAUUCUAUACUACAACAAGUUGACUAAUUUUUUUUUGAAUCUCUUUUUUUCAGUCAUGUUGGAUGGCAUGGUAUUGGUCUUGUAAGCUCUGAAUCUCACGUCUGGAAUCGAAGCCCCAAAAAAGUGAGUUUUCACAAAAAGAAAGAAAUUCGUUUUGAAAAUGAAAGAAAUAAAGUGGUAUUUUCAGAAAUGCUGGAUGAGAUGGUGAUGAACCACCAAUAGAGCGGCCCACCGAAAAAACUUAGAGGGAAAAGAGCAAAGGCUCGCUGGGGCUUCAGAAACGAGGUCAGUAACUUUUCUUUUGAAAAAAAUUUUUUCUUUUAUUCCUGCUUCUUGACUUUACAAAAGAAAAUUGACUAAUUCAUUUAGGUUUAUUUAAAAUCGAAAAUUUUUCUUUCAGCCAUCUGAACGGGAAAGUGAUGUUCAUCGGCAUGUGGACCCAAAACCAAGAGGUUUUUGUUCCUUUCGCAGAAGGAUGGUUCACGCAGUUUCCUGGUCCCCCAGAAGGCAAGUUCAAUUUAUAUGGCAACAUACGUUACAAAUUCAUGUGAUUUUCAGUCAAGAAAACCCAUUUCGAGCAUUAACAAUGACAAAUAUAGAUUCGAGAAAAAAAGUUGCGUUAUUCCAUUUUUUUCUAAAUGUGAAUUAAAGUUUUUUUAUGUCAGUGAAUCAUUUUUUUCGGACAAGUUGGAAAGAAAGUUUUAUCAUUCAUUAAAUAAAAAAACCUCUAUAACUUUUUAUUGAGAAGUUCAGUUUUUGUUCCAACACGAGAAUGAACUGAAUAGUUAUAGAAAAAAUGAAUAAAAAAGUGGAUAUUUUUUUUCAGGGAUCUUUGUUGGAGUGGUAAUCAGCCGCCAGUCAGAACAAAAAAAGAAAAAACGCGGUGCUGGGUUGUGGCCACGGCUUUUUUGACCCGAUUAUUUCGCGUCUGGCGGCUAUCGCAGGUCGCAUCGAAACACUGUGAGUUAAAAAUUUAGAUGCUUGAAGAUAUAAACACGGCUUUUUUUCACAAAACGACAAGUUUUCAGGUUUUUAGGGUUUUGUUUAUUAAUAGUAUCAUCAUUACAGUGCGGCCACUGCAGGAACCUCGGUAUGCCUGAUUGGAAGACGCACAACCGGUUCCACUGCAAGAGGCUGCAGGACCUGGCCCCUGCAGAACUUGCGGGGCCAGCAAUCAAAACAAUCACACGGCGUCGUGAGUUUUCCAGUCCAUUGAAUGUAUUAUUGUUUUUGCGGUGAUUAUCACAUUUUUUUAUUCUGAUUUCAGUUUUUCUAGAUCAAAGAAAUAAUGAUAAAUUCAAGUUUUCAGGCACAAAUGUAUUCAAAACUCACUGAUUUAUUUUCAGCGAUGUUGGUCGGGAUGGUGAUCGACCGCCGAUCGAUUUCCUUGUCUGCUGCGGGGACUUUCAGUUAUUUUUUUAACUUCGGUUUUUUUCAUGCUAUUCAAAAAAACAAAAACAAGAUAAAAAAACUUUUUUUCAGUCAUUUUUGGUGGAUGUGGUGAUCAGGCACCAUCGGGUGGCCAUAUGGCCUACAGAAAAAGUGAGUUAUACUAAAAAAAUAUAAUAAUUGACAUAGGAAAAAAAAAUGAAGAGCCUUUUUUUGUUUCAUAGUUUUUGAAAAAGGGAAUCUUUUUGAAUAAAGUCAACAUUUUUCAGUCAUUUUGGACGGGGUGGUGAUAAACCACAAUUAGAAACAACGCAAAGUUGUUGACUCCUGACAGAACGGACACCAUCAAGCGGCGUCAGGUUUGUGUUUUUUUCUCACAAUUUUUCCUGCAAAUUUUGUCGAAAAUGGGAGUUCUUUAACGGAUUAAGAGCGCCAUUCUCAUUUUGGAAUUUUAGGCUCACUAUUUUUGUCCUUCCGGCACAUCAACAACUGCAGAUGCAGUUUGGACACGUUCCCGUGAGUUUUUCUUGCCAAAAAGUUUGAAAUUUCACGAUGAAGACUUUCACAAAAAAAGAAUAGUAAAUUCGAAGUUAUAUGACAUGGUAAAAAAAUAAAUCCAGAAAAAAAUUGACUAAAUUUUUUUGGUUCGACAAGAAAAAAAUGGAAAAAAAUAAGGUUAAAAAAACCCCAAGGACAAAUGAUGUUAAUUCAUAAAUUUUUGUAGAGGUUAUUAAAUUGAGAUCCGUGUAGUUUUUAGAGAAAAAAAGGUGAGCAUUUGAUAAGGAAAAUGACAAAAGGAAUUUUUCUUAAACUCAACGAAUUUUUUUAGAGAUGUUGGUAAGGAUGGUGAUCAACCACCGAAAAAUCAUCCGGCCUUCGUUUCGCGCAGUGCCGCUGGAGUAGUCUUCUAUCCCAUCGAGGAGCUUAUCGUCAACAAAAACCAACGUGGGCCCCACCAGAAGUUGGACAUCAAGGUUUAGUUCUGUUGAAAUGUAGCGACGAGGUUUCGAAGAUUCCUAAUUUUUUUGUCCAAACUAGCAGGAAAAAGUUCUAAUUUCUGAAAUUUCUCAAGCUCAUAAAUUUAACUAAAAAAAUUGAAGAGAACUAAAAAAAUAUAAAAAAAUACGAAAUCAUUUGACAUGAAAAAAACAAAUUUCAAAAAAACUCCAAAUUCUUUGAAACCAAAGUAAACAUUUUUCUUUCAGUGA